UUCACUUCGAGGAGUAGGAAGGGAGGCUGUCAAAUCUGGAGAGCGAAAACCCGAGGCAGUGUGUGACAGGAUGGUACAGUAAAGUCAUUCCAAGGGAAAUAAUGCAUCGAAUUCUCGAUGUUUUUUUGGAGUACAUAUAUGACAGUGUACAGUGAAAAUGCUCCGGCACCAUGCCGGACCUGCAUGGUGUUUUCUAUUGAUAGUGUUAUCUAUUGUUUGCGCGCCGGACCGGAAGACUGAAAUAAUUAGUGAACAAUCACUGUUCCUUUUUCCACACUGACGGCGUUGUGCUUCCCGCGUUCACUUUGAAGAGAAGCGAAGGAUAGGCUAGGCCACGAAACAGCAGACGAACUUCCCAAAGACAUUAUACGUCUAACCCCGCUGUUGUUAAGUUUGCUGCAGGUCUCGUGGCUCGCGCCGUGCACGUGCGGUUGAUGUUGGGCGAUGAAGAUAUCUGGGAGAGUUCGAGCGCUCCUAUCAUUGUUAUGGAUUUUUCAAGGUGACUCCCAGCGGGUGGAGAUCCCCAGAAGAGAGAUGGAGGUGGUUAAGGGUCAGAUGGUUGUCCUGCAGGCUUGGUACAGCCCCACAUCUGAUAUUAGCAGGAACAGCAUCAUCUGGAACUUCAUGGCCAAUGAAUCCAAGUUGGUCAUAUCCUAUAGUAAUGGUGAGCCAGGGAUAGGUAGUCCUGAGUUCAGAAAGCGUGUUGGAUUCAGCAAGUCCAUGCCCUCAGCCAACCUCUCUAUCUACAUCAACAACACCCAAGAGUCAGAUUCUGGACGCUACCUCUGCAAUGUCCUGAUCCCUGGAGUCCCGGGACUCUCUGGAGAACUGCGCCUUAAUGUCAAAGUCCCUCCUUCACCACCAGUUUGCACAAUGACUGGGUCAUCUGUUUUAAAUGGCAAUGUGACGCUGAGCUGUAAGUCCAGCUCGGGCAAACCUGUCCCUCAGUACAAAUGGACCAAGACUGCCCCCUUGUCCGAGUUUUUCUUCUCCCCAAUGCAAAAAUGGAGUGCCUGCCCCCAGCCCUUCCUUGUUCUAGGGUUCAUGGAUGAGAGGCAAGGCACCCUCAGGCUCAGUAACCUCAAUAAGAACAUGUCCGGGAAAUAUGUGUGCCGAGCUAGCAAUACAGCCGGGUCUGACACCUGCUCUAUCAACCUGGAGGUCAUUACAUCCUCUAAUUCUGGAGCCAUUGCUGCUGCUACUCUGGGGUCAAUCGUUGGACUGGUAGCCAUUAUACUCUUCCUCAUCUUUAUACUGAGGAAGAGUCGAAACCAUGAAGAGGAGGAGGUUGCCAAUGACAUCAAGGAGGAUGCACAGGCACCAAAACGUGUUUCUUGGGCCAAGAGUGGCACAGGCUCAGACAUCAUCUCUAAGAAUGGCACGCUGUCCUCUAUAGCCACAAGCUCCCAUCCACGAGACCCCCACCAGCUCAACAACUACCACUUUCCCUACCCCACUGCCCCGGCCUCCGACACUGGCUCUGUGCUCAACGCCUACCGCCUCCGGCCCGGAGAACCCAGUGCCCUGCAGGGCCUCCCAGGGUAUAACAUUGGUAGCACACCUCCAUCCGGUAAUGCUAGACGCCUCAGUGUUGCUGACAAAAUUGGUGCCAGCUCUCCACACGGCCACAGUCGACCCCACGGUUCUAACCACAUCAUUGGGACCCCACCAGCCGGCCACACUCGGCCCCUUUGCACUAGUAUCAUUGUAGACACCCCCCUCCAUGGUUUCAGUCAACCCCAGUCAACUCCUAACGAUGUUGGUGUCACGGCGCCACAUGAGCACAACAGACCUGCUUGCUCUAACAACAUUCAUGCCCCCUCCCACCACAGUCAUAGUCGGCCCCUGAGUUCCAACAACACUGGCGUCUCUUCACCACAUGGGCACAGCAGGCCGAGCUCGAACCACAUCCGUGGCAUCUCUCCACACAGUCAGAGCAGACCCCUCAGUUCGAACCACAGCCGAAAGCACAGCACUGGUAGCAUGGCCCGCUAUGGGCACAGCAGAACCUCUGGUUCGAACUGCGCCCCACUCCAUUCCCCACCUGGCCACAUGGUCACUGACCCAGACAAGUCUGAGGGGGCACAACCCCAGGUGCCACGCCCUUUUACCUCACCUAUCAGCUCUGCCACCCUUACCCGUAUGGGUGCUGUGCCCGUCAUGGUGCCUGCUCAAAGCCAAACUGGAUCACUUGUAUAGUCCGCUGGGGUGUUUCAUGUUUUACUUCAAAGCACAGUAAAAUGGGAAUGAGUGAAGACUUCCUCAAAGUAAAACUGAAAAGUAGAGAGGACUUUCUUGGAUUUGCUAGUAGUUUUUGUUCAAAAGAAUGUUCCAAGUAGAGUGGCAAACUACUGCGAAAGACAAGAGGAAAUAUCACACAAUCUACUGUAUUGAAGUCUCCAGAAAAGUAUGAAGACUUUCUUUGUUUUUUAUUCUUUUUGUACUCUGUUCUAUACUUUAGCUGACCUUAAGCUCUUGCAUUAUCUUUCGCUUUAAAUGCCAUGCAGAUUAUUUAAGGCUAGAACAAGGCCUUUUCCCUUUAAGGCCUUUUAUUCGCUAAAACACUACCUUGAACAAACUGAUUGUGAAGAGCUUGUUGAAUCUGUAUAUUUAAGUCUUGAUUUAUACAUUGUGUAAAAAUAUUUGUUCUAUGCCAAUGUUGAUAUGUGAGGUGGUUUUCAAGGAAUGUGAGCUCAUCAGAUAAGGCUGGCUCCAGGCAUAAGGGUCCCGGACCGCUAGGAGGCCUCCAACCUAUAGGGGAGAGGAGGUCCCCAAAAGGCUAAAGCCGGCGCUGGCUCAUCUACUCACUGCAAUAUGAUGUUGACACUUACAGCAUAUUACUGCUCACAGAGAUGUUUAACUUCACACACAAAUCGUGCAGUCCAUAAGUGUUUGGACAGUGACACAAGAUUUGUUGUUUUGGCUCUGUGGUCCAGUAGGAUUUGAGCCCAUGCUAGCGAGGCUGAAGAUGAACUUUACACUGCCAAAGCUAUUUCAUUUCAUGGCCCAACAAUGUUCGUUUUUCUUUCAUACGUGAAUGACAUUGAUGCAAUGCCUAUCAAUAUAGGUGACGAUAACUGACUUUUUUGACAAGUGAAAAGACGAAUUGUGGAAAACCCUCCUCUCUUACUUCACAAUGGGUUGUGAUGCAUACUUCGAAAAUCAACCAGAAAUAGCAGACCAUCCAGGAACUUUUGGCUUACCAUUUUCAGCAUACUAUGGUUGGGGACAUACUAAUCUUCUUGCAUACUAAUCUGGCAUACUAUAUAGUAUGCAAGUAUGCGAUUUGAUAUUCAACUUGUGUGUGAUUUCUGUGUGCACAUGGACCUGCAGAAUCAAGACCGUUUAUGGGGAUUGGCUGGGUGUUUACCUAUGCUAAUUAGGAACAACUGGCAUGCGCUUUCAAUUUAGGACAAUGGGAUUCAUCAUAAGAACAUUGGUACUGCGGUUUAAGAACAUGUCAUGAAUAUGACGUAGACUUUUCUUAGGACCUUUCUCAAGAACAAAUUUAAGAAAAAAAUAUAUUGGUGAAUGACGCCCACUGGCUGGACUGCAAGAUGCAAAAUCACUAGGCAAAAGCAACCAAGGGGUUUUCCAGAGCUAAAGAGUUAUUCACUGGUGAUGUCUAUGGGUUGCAGACUUCAGGCAGUCAUAAUGGGCUGAAAUUCCUACAGGGUUCACAAUUUAUGGAUGGAAAUACCCACACAUUAAAGCUGACAGACCACUUCAACCUUAAUCAUUGUGUAAUUUCAAAUCUAAUGUGAUGGCAUACAAAGCUAAAACAAAAAAACGUGUCUCAGUCCAAAUAUCUGCAAUGUAGCUCAUAUACUGUAAAGCACAUUCCCUCAGUCCUCUUGGAUAGUCUUCUCAGGCCAACUGUUCAUGUUGACACUUUCAGUAGAUCUGGCCAUAUGCUCUCUCCAGGUAUUUUAUAACAUUUCUAUAUUGGAAAUACUGACAAAGCACUUCAAUACUGGAAAUAAACAAUGCAUUAACCCCCACUUUUGUGUAUUUCUAAUAAGAACAACUUAUUACAGAAUAUACAUGUGGUCAUAUCACGUUUGUGUAAUAAAAGCAUAUUCAUUUUACUACUGUCAAUUAGGUAGCUGGACUGUAUAAUUACUGUAAUUGGUAAUGCUAGGUGUUUGAAGUUGAAUGACUUCGAGAAAUCUGGGUUUUGAAUAUUAUUCUGAUAAUGUUGUAAAAUUUUCUUUUUUUGAAUAAACAGGGUUCUGAAUGCUUG